UAUGUCACUGCUUUAAUGCAAUCAAGCUUUUACAUGGGAAUGCUGUGUGGCUCCAUCGUUGGAGGAUGGGUUGCUGAUAGAUUUGGAAGAAAGAAAUGCAUGUUUGGAAGCUUGUUUCUGGUGGCAACUUUUUCUCUCUGUUCUGCGUUUGUUGAUUCACCAAUUGCAGUGAUCAUUUUGCGUUUUUGUGGCGGCCUUGGCCAGGUUUCUGUUAUGUUAUCAAGUUUUGCGUUAUCCAUUGAGAUUGUUGGACAAACCAAAAGAACCUUUGCUGGUGUGGCCACGUCGCUUCUCUAUAAAGUCGGAGGAGCAAUAGAUGUAACGAUUGCAUACCUCCUCCCUUACUGGCGACACACGGUCAUUGCUGGUUCUAUACCUGGAUUCCUCUUCCUGCCAUUCUACCUGAUUCUUCCAGAAUCACCGCGUUGGCUUGUAACUCAAGGUCGAUUGGAUGAGGCUCAAACCAUCCUCGAAAAGUUUGGUGGCAAAAAGGAUAAGCCUGUAGACAAGCAACAACUGAGAUCCACGUUAGAGAAAGUCAGGAACGCUCAGCUUGCAAAACAGAAAGUCCGUCAAAAUUUUCAUGUCAUCGAUUUAUUCAAGACACCAAGACUUCGACGUUACAGUCUCGUCAUAGGAUUCAGUUGGUUUGUCGUGGCUUUAUUGUUCAUUGCUAUGCGUCUGUAUGUGACAAGGCUSUAUGGCGAUAUUUUCAUCAACGUACUUAUCAUGACUCUUGCUGAUAUUCCUGCAAUUCUUUCAAUGUGGAUCUUGGUAGCUCGUUUYGGCCGUCGUAUUUCCUUCACUGGUUUGAUGUGCUUGGGUGCAGUCGCUCUUACAAGCAUGCCAUUUAUUCCCAAAGAUGUGCCUGAAGUAAGGACUGCAUUAGCAAUAAUUGGCAAAGCUGUGAUGGGAUGUCAGUUCACCCUCGUCGGCAUGUGGACAUCAGAGCUGUUUCCAACCGUUGUCAGGAAUCUGUCACUUGGUUUUGCAAAUUUCUCAGCUCGGAUUGGCGCCAUAUUAUCUCCAUUCAUUGUUAUUAUGKCUCAACUGCACGGAGUAUCCAUGAYCGUACCAUUCURCAUAUUUGGAGGUUUGGGUAUUUCUUCAGCAUUACUGGCGUUACUUUUACCUGAAACGUUAUUUGCUAACAUGGAACAGACCAUUGAAGCAGCGGAAGAGGCUCAGUUAGACUAUAGCAACAUGGAGAAAGAAGAUGGAAGCAACAGAGAGGAUACUUUUGACGAUGUUUUCAGCCAAAUCAAGUCGUUUGGUCGAUAUCAACACUGCGUUUAUUGGUUCAUCACUGCCAUGAAAAUCCCAAUGGCAGUACAGUUUGGGUCCAUGAUUUUUAGUUAUGGAACUCAAAAGUUCAAGUGCGAUUCAUCGAAUGUGACAUGUCCGUUAAGCAAAUGUUGCAACAACUGCACAUCAUAUUCAUUUGAUCAGAAAUACGUUAGUGCCGUAUCAGAGUGGGGUCUCAUCUGUGACCGAGCAUAUGUCACUGCUUUCAUGCAAUCAAGCUUUUACAUGGGAAUGCUGUGUGGCUCCAUCGUUGGAGGAUGGGUUGCUGAUAGAUUCGGAAGAAAGAAAUGUAUGUUUGGAAGCCUGUUUCUGAUGGCAGCUUUUUCUCUCUGUGGUGCUUUUGUUAAUUCACCAAUUGCAGUGAUCAUUGUUCGUUUUUGUGUUGGCAAUGGAAUAGCUUCUACUAUGGUAUCACACUAUGCGCUGUCCAUUGAGCUCGUUGGACCAACAAAAAGAACCUUUGCUGGUGUGGCCACUGGGCUUUUCUGGAAUGUCGGAGGAGCAAUAGAUGUAACGAUUGCAUACCUCCUCCCUUACUGGCGACACACAGUCAUUGCUGGUUCUAUACCUGGAUUCCUCUUCCUGCCAUUCUACCUGAUUCUUCCAGAAUCACCGCGUUGGCUUGUAACUCAAGGUCGAUUGGAUGAGGCUCAAACCAUCCUCGAAAAGUUUGGUGGCAAAAAGGAUAAGCCUGUAGACAAGCAACAACUGAGAUCCACGUUAGAGAAAGUCAGGAACGCUCAGCUUCAACAACAGAAAGUCCGUCAAAAUUUUCACAUCAUCGAUUUAUUCAAGACACCGAGACUGCGACGUUUCAGUCUCGUCAUAGGAUUCAUGGAACUGWCUAUGCCUUGCUUUUUCAGUUUCGGCCGUCGUUUUUCCUUCACUGGUUWUAUGUGCUUGGCUGCAGUCGCUCUUACAAURCUACCAUUUAUUCCCAAAGAUGUGCCUGAGGUAAGGACGGCAUUAGCAAUGAUAGGCAAAGCUGUGAUGGGAUGUCAGUUCACCCUCAUCGAGAUGUGGACGUCAGAGCUGUUUCCAACCGUUGUCAGGAAUCUAUCACUUGGUUUUACAAAUUGCUCAGCUCGGAUUGGCGCCAUAUUAUCUCCAUUCUUUGUUAUGAUGGCUCAACUUCCUGGYGUUUCCCUGAUCGUACCAUUCUGUAUAUUUGGAUUGUUGGGUAUUACAUCAGCUCUCAGCGCGUUACUUUUACCAGAAACGUUAUUUGCUAACAUGGAACAGACCAUUGAAGCUACAGAAGAGGCUCGGUUAGACUACAGCGUGCCUUGUUGUGGAAAACACCGCAGCAAAAUGGAACGAGAGAAGCACGAUGAAAAUGGGCGAAAACAACAUGAUGAAAUCGAAACAACUAAACUUUAAAUAGUCUUCUUCACAGUUCACUGCGCAAUCUUGAAAGGYAGUUGUGCCUUUGCAUCAAAGCGAGGCGACCGUUGAGCGUGCAAUGAUAGAAAUCUUCUUUCAUACUUACAGACAAUUCAUUAUUCACAGAUAUAAUCUAUCAUUGCACGCUCAAAGGUUGUCUUGCUGCGAUGUAAAGGCACGGCUACCUUUCAAGAUGGCGCAGGGAACAGUGAAGAAGACUAUUGUACUGUGACAGUUCAAGGAUAAUUAACAGUUUAAUUAAAGUGUUAAUAGU